UUACAUAUAGACAUCAUUUACUAUCGAGUGAAAACCUGUUAAUGAAUUUCUUUCAAGAAGUGCAUACGGCCUCACAGGCCUCAUAAUAAAGUCAUAAGAAGUGUUGUGUUUAAUUUUUGUGUGAUUAAACAAAUUGUGUUGUGGGAACGCCGGUAAUUCUGUUUUUAAGAUUAUAUUUAUUGUAUAUUAAUACUUAUAUUAGCUUCAUCUUUCCAUCGAAAGUACUGUAACGUUGAAAUAAGAAAUUAUGCCACUGUUAGCUGAAGGCAUAUGUCCUCAGUUUACCUAUUCUAUGCUUGAGCAAUGUAAAGCUAUUGGAAUUCGUACUGUUGCAGAUUUUGUUUUAAAUGACCCAGAAGACUUGGCAAUGAAAAUUAAAGUCCCUUAUAAAGAUAUCAUAGGCAUUCAGCGUCUUUUAAUGAUUGAUUAUGCUUCGUUUCCACAAAGUGCUGAUAGUCUGUAUAAUGAAUAUAUUGAAACUAUGUCACUUCUCAGUACUGGAUCAAAAAGAGUAGAUAAAUUUUUGUUGGGGGGAAUUUAUUCUGGUGAAGUUACUGAAGCUCAUGGCCCACCAGGCUCUGGGAAAUCUCAGUUCUGUUUCAGUAUUCUGUCUAAUUUGAUUUGCAAGACCAAAAAUACUGUACUGUAUUUGGAUUCUGGUUCUAAUUUUAAUGCUAAACGGAUUGAGCAGAUUUUAAUGAAGAAAUUGAAUGAAGCUGAGACUGUUCCUGAUAAGCUGAAAAAUGUGAGAAUUGUAAAUGUCUAUGAUAUUUAUAAUCUUUUCGAUUGCUUGGAUGAUAUAAAGCGCAAAUUAUCUGAAAAGGAAGACCAUUUCUAUAAAUAUCUGAAAGUACUAAUUAUUGAUUCCAUAACUCCAUUACUUGCUCCUUGUUUUGGAGGGAAAAUUUUAGAUGGUCCAGGAUUGAUGAACAAUGUUGCCCAACAAUUUAGAACUUUAUGUUGUGAACAUAUGUUGUCUAUUAUAGUUUGCAAUAAUACUGUUAAGGAUAAAAACUGUAGUAUAAAACCUGCUUUAGGGCCAAAUUGGAAAUAUGUGCCAUCAGUGUCACUAUGUUUGCAUAAAGUGAAUGCUACCAAUCUGAGAAGAAUGACCGCUGUAAAAAGUUGCCGAAGGGAUCUUGGGGAAGAAGUUAUGUUCAAUAUUUCUGAAGCUGGAGUAUGUGAUUAAAUCACUUUAUUAAGAUAAUUUUCGAUGAAUUCUUCUCAUUCACUUUUAAUUGCUUUUUAAUGCAAAUUAAAUAUUUUUGUGAUGCAUUUUGAAACAUUUUAAAUAUUAAAAUUUUUGUGAAGGCACAGCCUCUGUAUGAGAUUAAUUUUGUAAUGAUAGUAACAUAGUUUUUAAUUUCAUUCAUGUAUAUAUUAAUUAUUUUUUUAUGAUUAUUUGUUAAAAUCAGAUAUAACGCUGGCCAUUUUUAUGUACUGAAAUUUCUUUUGUUCUCUUCAUGUAUAUAAUAAAAAUUGUAAACAUUCAUA